AUGGGAUCCUAUAAAUGGGCCGACGUUGCAAGCAGCGAAUCAUGUGCAUCAUUUGGGCGUACGACACUGAUGUUAUUAGAGCGAGGUGAGCGUUAUGGAACGAACAAGGCUUACCUGGACUGUUCAAACAAGUUGAGCGAGGGCGGUGUUGGUAAAUCUUCGCACUUCAUGUUCUUACCAAACGACUCUUACAUUGACAAGAACUCGAUCCCCGAGUUACACGAGAGUAAACUUAAUCUCAACAAGAUUAACAUUAACGCUAACGCCGAGAACGCCGUCACCGUCAACAACGUGUUGGACGAUGAUCUCUUAUCACCGCUCCUCUACACCAAUUCUGACCUACCCCUCGAUAAUAAUCCCAAGUCAUUCGCCAACUUUUUAAACAACUCCACCCACACUCACAACCACGUCAACACAACCACCUCAACCAAGUCAACAGAACCUUCCCUAACACCACGUAUAAAAUAUAGCAAUAACACGACUAACACCAGUAAUCCUAACACUAGUAAUCUCACCCACAGUAAUGUUAACUCUAAUAAUGUUAACCCCAAUAACACUGUUAAGGCUGACAAUGUGCGUAAUGUAAAUGAUAGUUUAAUAGAGGAAGAUAAUAAUGGCAGUAUAAGCAGUCGUGUUAAAUAUAAACACGCGUUGAACACCAUUAAUCACACAAACAGUAGGACUAGUGAGGAAAAGCCUUUGUUAGGUAAGACCAGUGUACAGAAGGGGUUUGUUGAUAAGUUGUGUAAAUCAGGCGAAAAGCGUUUGAACAGUAGUGUGGAAAACUAUUAUGACGAGGAGACGAAUGAGAUAAUGAACCCAACAAAGAAGUUUAAGGACGGGAUUAAAAUGUCAAGGAAGGAGAAGGAAGAGAUAUCUAAGGUCCUACUCACCGAGCUGAACAAAAAAUCUAAGCCCUCUCUAAACGAUGAUAAUACUCGUUUUUACAGUCGCCUCAAAGAUAUCGCUAUAGGAAAAGCCACCAAAGGUUAUCAAAACUAUAUAAGAAUGGUUCCUAAGGAUGAACGUGGGCCGGACGACCCGCAAACUCCAAACACAAAAAACGUCUCAGCAUCUAAAUUCAGAGCUAUGUAUCGUUCAUGGAGGACGCAAUUACACAAAUUCGACAACCUCAAACAUUAA